AAAAAAAAAAAAAAUGAUGGACCAUGAUUUUAUGUUUAUUCUUAAACUUUUUCUUAAACAUAUUAUUGCUCGCAAAUUAAUUCGGUCGGAUCCAAAUCGCGAUCCAGCAGCUAGCCGUCUCCUCAUUCCAAAAGUCAACGAUUCACUGUCCCUUUGAAAGUCAAACUCAGACCUCCAUAAUUACAAGGCGGAAGAAGAAGAUUAGAUCCUCGCUAGCUGAGGAGAGAGAAAGAAAGAAAGAUUAGAUCAUGUGGCUGCUCAACGACCUCUCCCUCCUUACCUCCUUCUUCUUCUUCUUUCUUUCUUCUCUGCAACGAACACUGCAGCAGCAAGCUCCUCCCACGCCUAGCUACGACUCUUGCGCUCCUCAGCUAUGUGGCAACCACUCUGUCCGGUACCCCUUCUGGAUCUCCGGCCACCAGCCGAGUUUCUGCGGCGGCGAUCCUCUUUCUUACUUCGGCCUCACUUGCCACAACGAAACCGGCACGCUCUUCUCGAUCUUCUUCGGCUUCGACUUCCUCGUCCGACAGAUCUUCUACUCCAACCAGUCCGUCCACUUGGCUCUGGCCGGCGGCGCCGAUGAAUUCUGCAGGCUCGUCGUCGCCACCAACGCCACCGACGCGCACCCCUUCGCCCUCAGCCUAUCCAACAAGCGAAUCUUAUUCCUCCUCAACUGCUCCAACCCGGGUAAUCGGUACCAAGACAUGUCUUGCCCUGGGUUCGCGUCCCCGGCCCUGUUCGCCGGCGAGUACGUCGCCAACCGCACGCCCACCAACUGUAGCUUCUCGAUUGUGCCGGUGCUGGGAUACUCUGACGUGAGCCUCGGAAGUAACUUCACCGCCUUGUUGACCGCCGGAUGGGUGGCGAAUUGGACUGCUCGGAGCUGCCAGACGUGCGACGAAACCGGCGGCCGGUGCGGGUACGAUAACGGCACCACCUCACCGAUGCCGGGUUUCAUCUGCAUGUGCCCUCACGGAGUCUCCCGCCGAAGCUGCCAAAGAGGGAUCAAGUGGUGGUCGACUAGGAAAUUAAUAGCAGUCGCUGUUGGAUCGGCUGGUUUCGUCGCCCUCGCCUGCGCCGUCAUCUUCCUCUUCUGGAGAUGGCUGAAAACCGGGAGAAGCUCGAGACCCUCCAAACUUUCGUUGAAAGAUCCUGACGUGCUCAUGGAUCACUUCCAGACCCACGUCUUCUCCUACGAUGAGCUCGAGGAGGCCACCGAUCGCUUUGACUCAUCCAGAGAGCUCGGGGACGGAGGCUUUGGCACUGUGUACAAAGGGAAGCUCCGGGAUGGUCGGACCGUCGCCGUCAAGUGCUUAUACGGUAAAAACUGUAGAAGCGUCGAGCAGUUCGUGAACGAGGUUAAGAUCCUCUCCCUUCUUCACCACCAGAACCUCGUCAGCCUCUACGGCUCUACUUCGCACCACAGCCCCGAGCUCCUCCUCGUCUAUGAGUUCAUACCGAACGGCACCGUCGCCGACCACCUCCACGGUAGUCGCGCGGCCGAGCGAAUUCUCACCUGGCCGAUGCGGCUACUGAUAGCCAUCGAGACGGCGGAUGCUCUCGCGUAUCUCCACGCGGUAGAUCCUCCGAUCAUACACCGCGACAUCAAGACCACCAACAUUUUGCUAGACAAUAGCUUCCAUGUUAAAAUUGCAGACUUCGGGCUUUCCCGCCUCUUUCCGAUGGACGCCACGCACGUCUCGACGGCUCCGCAAGGCACGCCGGGGUACGUCGACCCCGAGUACCACCGGUGCUACCAACUCUCAGGGAAGAGCGACGUCUAUAGCUUCGGCGUGGUGCUAAUUGAGCUCAUAUCUUCGAAGCCGCCUAUCGACCUCCGGAGAGAAAGGAGUGACAUAAAUUUAGCAAACAUGGCAAUCGCUAAGAUUCAAAACCAUGAGUUGGUCGAUUUGGUCGACCCGGAGCUCUGGCACCCGAACGACGAGGUGACUCGAAUGAGGAUCACCAUGGUGGCCGAAUUGGCAUUCAGGUGUUUGCAGGCGGACGGCGACCUGAGGCCGAGCAUCAAGGAAGUCCUCGAUGAACUGAUCGCGAUCGAAAAAGUGACUUCAGGUAAGCUGCAAGCAGAGGAUGCUGCUCUGGUCCAAGACGAUGCUAGUCUGAUGCAGAACAUUGUGAAGUGCUCGCCUGAUACUGUCGCCGGCAAGUGGGUGAGUCAAUCCACUGCAUCUGACGCCAGCCACUGAAACAAGCUCUGUGCUAGCUCUUCGAUUUUACAUCAUAAAAUGGAUUUGUCAAGCAUCAACCAACAAUCAAUUGUGCAUGUAAA